UUCGAAGCUCUCAAAUCUCGCAGUGACACGAGACUGUCGAGAGACGCAAACUCAUCCAAGAUGGCGAGCUCUAUAGUACCCUUUCCUGUGGAAGGGAUUUUGCCCAAGAAAGAGACCGGUGCAGUGUCAUUUUUAACCAAGUUUCCAGAAUAUGAUGGCAGAGGGGUAGUGAUUGCUGUCCUUGACACGGGAGUCGACCCAGCUGCAUCAGGAUUGCAGGUGACAACUGACGGCAAACCUAAAGUGAUAGACCUCGUGGACUGCACAGGAUCUGGAGAUGUCGAUACUUCUGUGGUGGUGUCUGCCACGGAAGGUUUUAUCACUGGUCUCUCAGGAAGAAAACUCAAGAUCCCUGAGUCAUGGGCGGUGCCAGAUGGGAAAUUCCACAUCGGCAUCAAAAUGGCCUACGAUCUCUUUCCCAAAGCUCUGCGAGAUCGAGUCACCACGGAAACAAGAGACCGCUCCUGGCUUCCACAGCACCGACAAGUCGUGAACGACGCCUUGCGGGAACUGGAGAAGUUUGACAAAGAACACCCGACCUGUACAACACCUGAGGACAAAGCCACUCGUGAAGACCUGCAAGCGAGAGUUGACCUCCUGAACUCUUUAGACAAGAAGUGCCCAGAACUUGGACCCGUCUACGACUGUGUUGUUUUCAACGAUGGGGAGAAAUGGAAGGCGUGCGUUGACACUUCUCUGAAAGGGGACCUGGACAGCUGUUUGACCAUGGGUGCAUACAGAGAGUCGCAAGAGUACGGACAAUUGAGUCAAAUAGACAUGAUGACUUACUCUGUGAACAUUUACGACGAUGGCAACGUACUGGAAAUAGUCACCAACGCAGGGUCCCAUGGCACGCACGUGGCGUGUAUUGCUGCGGGCAACUUCCCCGAAAACCCCGAGUUGAACGGCAUUGCCCCAGGAGCGCAAGUCGUCGGCCUAAAGAUUGGAGACACCAGACUGGGAUCUAUGGAGACGGGAACAGCUUUAGUGCGAGCGAUGAAGUACAUGAUGGACAACAACGUGGACUUGAUCAACUACAGCUACGGCGAGGCUUCCCACGUCUGCAACGUCGGACGUGUGAUUGAGCUCAUCAAUGAAGUGGUCAACGAGAAAGGAACAAUCUUCGUGUCCAGCGCAGGAAACAACGGGCCGGCUCUGUCUACUGUGGGUACACCCGGUGGCACUACUUCUUCUGUGAUAGCCGUGGGUGCCCAUGUGACCCCUCAGAUGAUGGCGGCGGGCUACUCUAUGAGGGAACAGCUGCCGGCCAUGCACUACACCUGGUCGUCCCGGGGACCCGCUCACGACGGAGCCCUGGGUGUGUGCAUCAGCGCGCCGGGCGGUGCCAUAGCCUCUGUGCCAAAUUGGACGCUGCGGGGCAAUCAGCUGAUGAACGGGACCAGCAUGAGUAGUCCGAAUGCUUGUGGAUCUAUAGCAUUGGUCUUGUCGGGACUCAAGGCCAACUCCGUCAGCUUCUCGCCCUUCAGCGUCCGCAGAGCCCUGGAGAACACUGCCAGCAAAGCGGACGGGGUCGAAGUCUUCGCUUUGGGACAAGGGAUUUUACAGGUGGAAGAAGCAUUCAACUACUUGACGGAACAUCGCAACUGCGUGGGCGAGAACGUACAGUUCACGGUGACCACCCCCAGCAACACGCGCGGAAUCUACCUCCGGGAGCCCACUCACCUGGUCAAGCCCACGGAAGUGACCGUCGGGGUGGAGCCCAUGUUCCAGGAGGGUGUCGACGGCAAGGUGAAGAUCGCGUUCCAGAUGAACUUCUGCCUGACCAGCUCCCAGCCGUGGGUGCACGUCCCCACCAACUUCCUGCUCAUGAACACCAGCCGCACCUUCUCCGUCAAGGUCAACCCUCUGGGGCUGCCGGAGGGCGUGCACUAUGCAGAGAUCCAAGCGUUUGAGGCCAGCAAUGUUCAGCGCGGUGCUAUCUUCAGAGUACCGGUCACAGUGGUGGUACCUACCAAAGUGCAGGAUCUCCACAACGUCAGUGUAUCCACUGUGGGUGUGAACUUCAAGCCGGGCUUUAUAAGCAGGCGGUUCAUUCACGUGCCCUACGGCGCUUCUUACGCUGUGCUGAAGCUGACGUCACAAGACACGGAGAAAAGCGGGCGCUUCCUGGUGCACACGCUACAGAUGUCCCCGCAACGCGCCUACAAGUUCCACGAGUUCUCCAAGUUUGUCACCAUCAGCGACCGCGGAGAGGGAACCUACGCAUUUCCUGUCAUCGGAGACAUCACGCUGGAGGUGUGUAUAGCCAAGUGGUGGGCCAGCCUGGGAGACGUGCUCCUGGACUACACCGUCACCUUCUACGGGGCGCAGCUCACCACAGAUUCCCCAACAGUGCAUGGAGGAGAAGGCAUUGCCAGGUUUGACGUCAUCUCUCCCAUCAAGACAGAAGACCUGGCCCCGUCACUGACGCUCAAGACGGCCAUUUUCCCACUCAGACCCUCAGACUACAAGAUCAAGGCCAUGUCCAAAGAACGGGAUCAGCUGAAAGACGGACGCCAGAUCCACGCUAUUGAGCUCACCUACAAUUUCCAUCUUCACAAGGGAGCAGACGUAACGCCGGACUGUGCCUUGCUCAGCAACUACCUGUACGAGUCGGAGUACGAGAGCCAGAUCUGGAUGUUGUACGACAGCAACAAACAGUACAUCGCCUCCGGGGACGCCUACCCUGCCUCGGAUGCUGUGGUCAGCAGUGGCCCAGAACUUGGUCCCGAAGCCUUUGCCAGCCCUCGGCAAGACGGGCAGGAGCUAGCGAGAAAUAACGCCAAGUACAUCACCAAACUGGAGAAGAACGACUUCACACUGGUGCUGCAGGUGCGCCACGAGAAGCGCGACAUGCUGGAGAAGCUCAAGGACACGGUGGUCCUGGUCAAGGCCAAGCUCGGCAGCCCCAUCUCCGCGGACCUGUACCCUACCUGGCAGGCGGCGGUCACCUCUGGGAAAAAGCUGACCGGCCUGUCAGCGCACCGCGGCCUGAGGUACCCCAUCUACGUCGGGCCCUUAUCUGAGGACAAAUUUCCCAAGGGCUGCGGGCCUGGCUGGUACUUCACAGGGAACCUCACGCUGGCCAAGGACGAGCCGGCGAAGAGUAAAACCCCCAAUUUCCGCCACGCAGACGUUGUAUGAAGAGCUGAAGAAAGAUUUCCCCAAACACGUGCCAUUGUUGCUAGCAAGACUGACUGCCUUGGAGGCUGAUAAGGAAAUGGAAAAAGAGAAGAUUAACAGCGAGAUCAUCAGUACAGCGCAAGAAGCCAUCGGCCUGAUAGACGUGGAGGCCUUGCUGUCCUACUUCAGCAUGAAGGCCGAUGUCCGCCCCGACGCCGCUACCAUAAAAAGUGAUAUGGAGAAGAAGAAGUCCUGGCUGCUGGAGGCGCUGGUCAAGCUGGGGGUGGCCCAGGCAGAUGUUCUGACCGCGGCCAAUGGCUCGGGGGUCGCGGAGGGCAGCACGGAGGUCACGGUCGCUGACGUCAACAAGACGUUCGGGGAGCUCAGCAAAUGGCUGGAUCUGGCAGACAGCAAGCUGGCGUUCCCGUUCGCCUGGAGACACGCGGUGGUCCUGAAGCAGUACGGGCGAGCCCUCAAGAUCGUCAUGAAGCAGCAAGACGAGAAACGCAGCAAAGACUUGGAGUUGACCAUCGUAGAUCUGUGCAAGAAGCUGGGCUGGACUCACUGCCAGGAGUACCUGGAGAAGACCAUGUGUGUGCGGUACCCGUCUACCUACCGGCCGUUCUAACCAGGGACACGGCGCUGUGACUGUUCUUUCACAUGUGUGUGUGUGUCGUACUCGCAGAGGUUUUGACACUCUUUCUGACGCGUGUAUGUUUGUGUUUCUACCAGUGUGUGUGUGUGUGUUUGUAUUAUGCUUGAGUGUGAGUCUGUGUGCGCAUG